AUGACGGUCGUGCUUAAGCUUCAGGCUGUUGCUCGUCGAUCGGGCUCGUGUUGGGGUAGCAAUGCCUUGCGACGCACGACGCCCUUGAGGAGCUAUUCUAGUGCUGCUUCGGUUGAUGGGUCGUUGCCUUUGGCUGGUAUUCGUGUGCUUGAUAUGACCCGUGUUCUGGCUGGUCCUUAUUGUACCCAGAUACUGGGUGAUUUAGGUGCCGACGUUAUUAAGGUCGAACAUCCUGUGCGUGGCGAUGAUACUCGAGCUUGGGGCCCGCCCUAUGCGAAGUAUGAAGAUGCGUCCAAGAAGGGCCCUGGCGAGAGUGCCUAUUACCUAGCUGUCAACCGAAACAAGAAAUCACUCGGUCUGUCCUUCCAACACAAGUCAGGUGUCGAGAUCCUACACAAGCUCGCAAAGGAAUGUGAUGUCCUAGUCGAGAACUAUCUCCCCGGUGGCCUUAAGAAAUAUGGCAUGGACUAUGAAACCCUGCGAGAGAUCAACCCCAAGUUGAUCUAUGCUAGCAUCACUGGCUAUGGCCAGACAGGUCCUUACAGCAACCGGGCUGGCUACGACGUCAUGGUCGAAGCCGAAAUGGGUUUGAUGCAUAUCACUGGAGCUCGAGACGGUGCACCAGUUAAGGUUGGUGUAGCCGUCACCGAUCUGACCACCGGACUAUACACAUCGAAUGCCAUUAUGGCCGCGUUGAUUGCUCGGGGCCGGACGGGCAGGGGUCAACAUAUCGAUGCCUGUCUGAGUGAUUGCCAAGUUGCCACGCUAUCAAACCUGGCUAGCUCUGCGCUUAUCAGUGGGCAAAAGGAUUCAGGGCGAUGGGGCACAGCGCAUCCAUCUAUUGUACCAUACCGAAGCUACAAGACCAGCGAUGGAGACAUUCUCUUCGGCGGUGGUAACGAUAAGCUAUUCGGCGUGCUGUGUGACAGGUUGGGCUUCCCGGAGUGGAAGACGGAUGCCCGCUUCGUCACUAACAGUGACCGAGUGCAGCACCGGGCUGAGAUCGAUGGCAUGAUUGAGAGUACCACUGCUCAAAAGUCUACACAGGAGUGGCUGGAUAUUUUUGAAGGCAGUGGGAUGCCAUAUGCUGCUGUUAAUGAUAUCCAGGGAACGUUGAACCACAAGCAUGUCCUAGCACGAGGCAUGGUCACCGAGGUUGAACACCCUGCAUGUGGACCUAUCAAGCUGGUUAAUACGCCUAUUAAGUACUCCGAGGCAACACCGGGUGUCCGCACGCCUCCUCCUACUUUGGGCCAGCAUACAGAUGAGAUCUUGGGUAGUGUCCUUGACUAUGGUGAGGCAGAUAUUGCUCGCCUGAAGGACGAGGGUGUUGUUUCGUGA